GUGAGUCAAGCGCAGAUAGCGGGGCUUGCGUGCGCAGGCGCAGAAGGAAGGAGAGCGCCGAGCGGCCGAUCCGAAUCCGCACCGGGGCGCAGUCGCCCCGACCCGCGGAGGCAGCCCAGAUCUUUGCUGUGGCCACCUGAGCCUGCAGGAUGUUUCACGGGAUCCCGGCCACUCCAGGCAUGGGAGCCCCUGGAAACAAGCCAGAGCUGUAUGAGGAGGUGAAGCUGUACAAGAACGCCCGGGAGCGGGAGAAGUACGACAACAUGGCGGAGCUGUUUGCCGUUGUGAAGACGAUGCAGGCUCUGGAGAAGGCCUACAUCAAGGACUGCGUCACCCCCAACGAGUACACCGCAGCCUGCUCCCGGCUCCUGGUCCAGUACAAAGCCGCCUUCCGGCAGGUCCAGAGCGCAGAGAUCAGCUCCAUCGACGAGUUCUGCCGCAAGUUCCGUCUGGAUUGCCCGCUGGCCAUGGAGAGGAUCAAGGAGGAUCGGCCCAUCACCAUCAAGGACGACAAGGGCAACCUCAACCGCUGCAUUGCCGAUGUGGUCUCGCUCUUCAUCACGGUGAUGGACAAACUGCGCCUGGAGAUCCGUGCCAUGGAUGAGAUCCAGCCUGACCUGCGGGAGCUGAUGGAGACCAUGCACCGCAUGAGCCACCUGCCUCCUGACUUCGAGGGCCGCCAGACGGUCAGCCAGUGGCUGCAGACCCUGAGCGGCAUGUCGGCCUCUGACGAGCUCGACGACUCGCAGGUGCGCCAGAUGCUCUUUGACCUGGAGUCGGCCUACAACGCCUUCAACCGCUUCCUGCACGCCUGAGGCUGUACGCUGGGCCCUGGGCCCUGGGCCCCGGGGGCGGGGAGGGCCACCCACUCUGCAUGUGACUCCUGCCCCUGUGUCAGCCCUGGAGCCCCUGCCCUCCUCACAAUAAAGGCGCUGUCUGACCUC